AUGGGUUAUCACCAGGGCUUGGAGCAGGGCCUGGGGCUUCACAAUCCCUUCAACCCGGUCUUUCCAAAUUCGGAACUAAUCAGGCAUGGUAACGAUUUCGAUGUCGCCGCCGAUAUUCCUUAUUCGAUGCUCCACAAUACCACCCAGCCGGAGGGAACUAUUCAGAGAUCUACCCUUGGGGGGGAUGACCGAACAGCCGGGGACUCCCGAAAACCACGAUCCGCGAUGGGUGAAGCUCACUUGCGUGAUGACAACUGGACAUAUGCGAUUGAAGUUUCUCCAGCUAUUGAUCUUCUACCUGGUCAUCACUUCGUGAAGAACCACGUCGCUGCUCUCCACAAGCACUUAACAAAACGAUCUAUAGACUACGACUACGCUCUCGCCCAGCCCGUCGAAGGAUCCGGCAUCUGUCGACAGUAUACCCUCAAACAGAAAGAUAGAUUCAACGAUCGCGUCCGUCUCGAGUUCCUCCAGGUCUUCACCGCCAACCGACCCUAUAAUAGACAGCUUCCCAAUUACUCUAUCAAAAUGAGUGUUGUAUUCAAAGAUCGUACUGUCCUACCCUCAGGUCCAUAUCCUCCUGGCAUCGAUGACCGUCAAGAUCAGGAAGGAGAGAGCCGUUUCUCUCCUGGCCCCUCCAUACAUGGUCUAGUGGGAUACAGUGCGGGGGAUGAACAGGUCCUACUCCCAGUUUCUCCCAGUUCUAAUGGUUUGGAUUCGCCUUCUCCUUUCGAUCAGCCGCUCUCUCCUCCGGAAAGCCUUUCUACGCCGGGACAUCGUCAUCAUACCCGACCACCCCGUUUAGGCCCUAUCGUGAAGCCUAACCGGAUCGCGAAUAAGAAUCGUGAGGGAAAGUUUGUUUGCUCCUUCGCUGGUUGCACAGAUGACGUGAAGGUAUUCAGUCGCAAGUGUGAAUGGAGCAAACACAUGGACAAACACGACCGACCGUAUAAGUGCUUAUCGUCGGGAUGUGAGAAACUUGCCGGAUUUACGUAUUCCGGCGGUCUCUUACGUCACGAGAGGGAGGUUCAUAACAAGCAUGGUGGACCGAAAAAUCCCCUUAACUGUCCACACGGAAACUGCAAACGUCACGAGGGCAAGGGUUUCUCUCGCAUGGAGAAUCUUAAUGAGCAUCUUCGUCGAGUGCAUACCCCUAGCGACGCCAACAAUGGUCCUACAGUAGUAGAGUUACCUGAAGAUGAGCUGGAGGAAAACCCGGCCCCUCUGCAGCAGGUCGUAGCCCCUGAGAAGAUAGGCGAGAAGCGCAAGCCUGAAACAGAUCUCCGUGAGGAAGUGAAGCGUCUGCACCAGGAGAAUCAGCAACUGAGAAAUGAGGUCCGUGCCCAAUCUCUUCAUAGCAUGGCCAUGAUGCAGACCAUUGAAGAGAUCAAUCUGCAGCUUAGGGAGCUUGCCAACUCUAAGUCCCAGCUCCAGCUCCAGUCCGAGUCCCAGUCCCGACUCCAACCCCAACCCCAACCUCAACCUCAGCCUCAGCUCGAGCUUCAGUCUGAGGUCCAAUCUGAAGCCCAGUCUGAUACUGAACCCGACCUUGAUGUGGCCCAACACACUGGCCUAAGCUCUCUAGGCUAG